GCAGUGCGGUACCAUACGUAAGAGGUAUCAACCCCACCAUAACUUCAGGCGCUUCCAACCGUAACGGCAAAGACCUUAAACUUCUCUUUUUUAUUUUAUUUUAUUUUAUUUACAUACCUCUACCUCCGACGCCAUAUGACCCAUCUCCAUCCGAAACGACAUCUAUCCGUAAACAACACAAACUCUUCAAUACGCGUAAGCGUCUACUCCGAGGGAUAAUAUUGUCAAGUCCGUCGCCAACUAAAUCACCCUCGUUUGUGCCCCUCACCGCGUUCACGAGUCACGACCCCUCCUCAAUAUUUAAUCCGCCGAAGUCAUCCAGCCACGAACGCGUAGCGCUGCACGCCCAUACAUAAUCUUAAGGACUGCGGUGGUUUUUUACACAGCAACCAUAGAGUUCCCUUGUAUCCGUCUACCAUAGGAAGAAAAAGAGAGAUCCUAUUUGGAGUUUUGAGAAACCUGGGAAACAACGAGAUUGAUACCUAUUUUCCUCGAGAUCACCGACUAAUCGGUACCACAACCUGUCACGAUGCCGCCGUCUUCCGCCCAAAAGGCGGCUAUUACUAGUUUCGUGGCCAUUACAGGGGCGCCAGAAAGGACAGCUACGAGAUUUUUGAAGAGUGCAAAUUAUAAGCUUAACGAAGCUGUUGACUCGUACUUUUCUCAAAACUCCAGCGGAUCACACGCCACAAACAAAGACGCACAAUUAACGAAGCUAUUCGAUAGUUUGAGAAAUGAGCAAGAAGACCCUAGAGAUCAACUUGGUGCCGACUCGUCCAUGACCUAUUUGAAUUCUAUUGGAGUUGACCUCGAGGGAGCCUCUCUAUUUCUUGCCAUGGAAAUUGUACAAGCUCCUACAAUCGGUGAAAUCACUCGAGAUGGUUUCGUCAAGGGCUGGAAAGCCCAACCGGGAAUUGAUGGGAGCAUUGGUGCUCAGAAGCAACAAUUCAAGUAUCUUGUUGAUCUCUUAAGCAAGGACCGUGAUCUAUUCCGAAAAGUCUAUCGUCACGCAUUCGUCGUGGGCAAGGACGCCGAGCAACGAGCUCUUUCUCUAGAGAACUCGAUCUUGUAUUGGGAAAUGCUAUUCAAGGAACCUGGUCUGCCGUGGGUGGGUAAAGUAGCCGGUGUCGACUGGUUGAGCGAGUGGAUUGCAUUCCUGCGAGAGAACUGGACCCGAUCUGUUAGUCGCGAUAUGUGGAACCAGACACUCGAAUUCGCGGUGAAGAGUAUCGAAGAUGAGUCGUUGAAUUUCUGGACGGAGGAUGGCGCAUGGCCCGGCGUGAUCGAUUCCUUCGUGGCCUGGUACCGGCGCAAGUCAGAGAUGGACGUUGACGCUUAGGUAGGGGGUCUUUGCCUAUUGGAGUUUGCCCGUGCUGCCCGGAUCACGGCGAAUACCUGCUCUGGAUGUAAAUCGAUUGGUGAGGAGGAAAAGGGGUUUUACGCUUAUGGUCUACGCGAUUUACGGAUUACCGACCACGAAAAAGACGGAAAGUGUGGUGAUGUAGAAAUGACUUCUCUCACGAACAGUGAACCAGACUGUUGUUGUCAGGAUUAGUCCGAGGCGUUGCAGCUCUCGGUUCUACACGAACAGAGUUGUAUUUGGCAGAAUGGCGUUACGUUAGGUAACUCAUUACGAUGAGAUGCCUGUUUUUAAGCAUUACUAGGCGGAAUUGAAGAAGUUAUUGAGUAUAUAUGAUUUUUCUAUUUUUAACUGUUGCUGAUGUGACUAUUGUAUGGUAUGCACUUGUAUGAAGGUAGUGAAUGAAAUAAAUCGCGAGUUUUGUACAUGUCAUUUAAAUAUGUUGGAGGUUAGAUAUAUGAGAUU